AUGUCUCAGCCUCACUAUACUCUCGCCGAGGGUAUCCCCCUGCCUCGAAACGACAUCGUCGACCAACUACCCACAGGAUCAGGAGGGGGUUAUGUCCUCUUGACAAGCACCCAGCUGCUCGAGAACCUAGCACACUUUUCCCGUGAGAGGAUCCCCGAACGGACCGUCCACGCAAAGGCCGCGGGCGCCAGGGGCUUCUUUGAAGUGACGGACGACGUAUCGGACGUGACAGACGCAGACUUUCUCAAUGGCAUCGGCAAGAAGACGGAGGUGUUGAUGCGCAUCUCGACCGUCGGUCCUGCUCGAGGCUCUGCCGACACGGUGCGCGAUUUUCGCGGGUUUGCCAUCAAGUUCAAGACCAACGAGGGCAAUCAGGACUGGGUGUUUAACAACCAGCCCGUCUUCUUUGUGCGCGACCCGGUCAAGUUCCCGUCGCUGAAUCGAAGCCACAAACCUCACCCGACCACCAACGCGGCCGACGCCAGCAUGUUCUGGGACUUCCACGUCAACAACCAGGAGAGCAUCCACGCGCUCAUGUUCCUGUUUGGCGACCGGGGCCUGCCGUCGUCGGUGCGCCACGUCAACGGCUACAGCGGCAACACGUACAAGUUCACACGCGACAACGGCGCCUCGUACGUCUACACGCGCAUCACGUUCAAGACGGUCCAGGGGAUCCAUUACCACACCAACGCCGAGGGCGCCGAGAUCGCGGGCAAGGACCCGGACGCGCACCUGCUCGACCUCCAGGGCGCCAUCGACCGCGGGGACUUCCCAAAAUGGGACGUGUACAUCCAGGUGAUGCGGCCCGAGGAGAUUGCGCACGCGCCCGUCAACGUCUUCGACAUGACCAAGGUGUGGCCCAAGGGGCUGUACCCGCUGCGCAAGGUCGGGCGGGUGACGCUCGACGCGAACCCGAAGAACUGGUUCGCCGAGAUCGAGCAGGCCGCCUUCAGCCCCAGCAACAUGGUGCCGGGCAUCGCGCCGUCGCCGGACCCCAUGCUCCAGGCCCGCAUGUUCGCCUACCCGGACGCCGCCCGCUACCGCCUCGGCGUCAACUACCAGUUCCUGCCGACCAACGCCCCCGUCCCGACCGUCUACUGCCCCAUCGAGCGCGACGGCUUCAUGAACUUCACCCCGAAUUACGCCGGCGACCCGAACUACCUGGGCACGCGGCUCCAGCCGGUCAAGUUCUCGGACCGCACGAGCAACGCCCACGUCGUCAGCACAGACUUUCUCGACCAGCAGGGUCAGCAACAGCAGAAACUAAAGAACCUCGGUCUCGGCCGUCCAGACGAGGUGCAGAUCCCCACCCCCAUCGCCGCAUUCACCCAGGUCGACGACCACCGCGACUUUGAGCAGCCCGUCGCGCUGUGGCGGAUCAUGGCCGGCCAGGAGGGCGCGCAGGCCCGGUUCAUCGACAACGUCGCCGCCCACGUCAGUGGCGUGGGGGAGAAGUGGUUGCGGGAGGAGGUUUACGCCAUGUUCGCCAAAGUCGACGCCCACCUCGGCGACAGGAUCCGCGAGGUCGCAGAGUCAAAGAUCGACAAUGACCACAAACACCCGCACAAGUCGGCGUGGCAUUGA